AUGGCUAUUAGAAGACUUUCAAUCUCAUCACAUUCUCAACAACAACAACAACAACACUUACCUCAAGAUGAUUUUAGAUCUACUACUACUACGAAUCAUACUGCCACAUCAUCACAUCAAAUUCCGUUCUUACUCAAUCGAUUCGGUUAUACAGAUGAAUCAAACCUCAGCGAAUUACCAUCCAACGAUCCUAUACCUUCAAUCCUACACAUCGUACCACCUGGAAAAAACGUAUUCUCUUAUCUUCAAUGGUUAUCAAUCAAAUCAGCUAUUACUAAAAUAUCACCUCAACGAACCAUGGCUCAUAUGAUUAAGGGUACAAUACCAGAACCAGGAACGAAUUUUUGGUGGGAUGAGAUGUUAAGAUUACCAAGUGUAGAGAUUCAUGAAACAGAAGAUCGAACGAGUAUCUUUGGGAAUCCAAUCUUAGAUAUCUCACAUAAAACAGAUGUCAUCAGAUUAGAAAUGUUACAGAGAUUUGGUGGGAUUUAUUUGGAUACGGAUAUCUUGGUCCUAAAUUCAUUUGACGAAUUGUUAAAAGGAUCUGAAGAAAUGGUCAUGGGAAUCGAAAAGGCUGAUGGCACUUUACUUCAUCCUACGCUUGUGAAUGGAUUGUGUAAUGCGGUGAUUGUGGCACAGAGAGGUGCUAAGUUUUUGGAUGUUUGGUAUGAUUCAUAUCGUACUUUUGAAGGACAACCUUUCCGAGGCGGUGGAAUUUGGAAUUAUCAUUCAGUGAUCCUACCAUGGGCCCUAGCAAAGAAUGCCACUUCUAGUCAAGCACACAUCACAGUCCUAGACCAUCACUCAUUCUUCAUGCCACUAUGGGACGAUCCAGGUCUCAAACAAGUUCAUGGAACCUUGACCGAAACCGAUCCAGAACCAUCACCCUUCAAACCCAAUCAAUUUGCUUAUCAUAUGUGGCAUCAUCUCUUAGAUGAAAGAAUUUCAAUUGCAACUGACGAUUUAUUAUUAUCUGCAAAUCAAUUAGGACCUGAAGAUGCAUUGAAUAGAAAGAGUCAUUUUAAUUUGAUUGCAAGAGAAUAUCUUUCGGAUUCGGUUUUGGAUAGGUUUAAUGAUUGGAAAUCGAAAAGUAAACUUGAUUGA